GGUCAUACGUGGACUGUGGGGCCGCCGGGCCGGCCGGGGAUCGGGGACAUCAGCGUUCUACAAGUAAAUCGUGAACAAUAUGAACUACCGAACAGCAACAGGAAGACUGUAGACCAGAUGAAACCUGAGCUGGCAGGGGGCGCGCCGGCGGUGCGGCCGCCGGGCAGCGCGGGCCGCACCUUCCUCUCGGACCGCUCGCUCGAGCUGUGGCGGGACCCGGUGGGCUUCAUCGCGCGCGGCCUGCAGGAGCACGGCGGCCGGGCCUUCACCACGCGCCUGCUGCUGCGACCCACCGUUGUCCUGGGCGACAACACGGCCGUCCGACACCUGCUGGCCGACCCCGACACGUUCCAGUGUGGUCUAAGAGACCUUUUCCUGCCGCUGUUUGGUGAGAAUCUCGUCUUUAUGGACGGGCAGGAGGCGGAAAGCACACGCGCAAGACUCCAUGGACUGUUCAAUGCGGAAACGGCAUCAAACUACAAGGCGAUCAGCGGCCGUGUGAUCCAGGGCUGGGCGGAGGAGCUGGCUACCGACGCGCCGCUCAACCUGUACGCCGCCUUCAAACGGCUGGCCAUGGAUCUGAACCUGGCCGUGUUCCUGGGCCUGGAGCGGGCCGAGCGGCCCGAGCAGGUCACGGCCGUCACCGAGGUGGCCACCACACACUGGCACGGACUCUACUCGUUGCCUGUGUCGGUGAGUGUACCACUGAUGACGUCAUCGUCCUACAAGCAAGCCCUGGAGGCCAAGGAGAAGCUUCUGGGGCUGGCAGAUCAGAUGCUGGAGGAUGAACCUCAAUCUAUGUUUAUCGAGUCGUUGAAGCUGGCGGUGGAAGACCAGGACACGCGGCGGAACCACCUGCUGCUCUGCUCGUCAGCGCUGGUCCCCAAGGCGCUGGCCUCGCUGCUCACCUCCGCCGUGGUCCUGUCGCCCCUCUGGAAGCAGCGCUACGUCAGCGCGGACGGCCACAUCAGCGAGGAGGACCUGGACUGUGUACUGCUGGAGGUGCAGCGGCUGCAGCCGCCGUUCCUGGGCGGCCGGCGCCUCGUCAGGCGCGACGCCCAGGUGGCAGGGUACCGGCUGAGCCGCGGCCAGGCUGUCGUCUACGGCACGGCGGCGGCACACCGAGACCCAGCCGUGUUCCCCGCGCCCGACACGUUUGACCCGGAACGUUGGAGGACCAGUAACAAGAAUGACAGAGACAAGCUGUUCUGCUUUGGCGGAGGACCGCGAAACUGCAUUGGGGAGAAGAUGUACCAGCACAUUCUGAAGGACACGCGGCGGAACCACCUGCUGCCUCUGCUCGUCAGCGCUGGUCCCCAAGCGCUGGCCUCGCUGCUCACCUCCGCCGUGGUCCUGUCGCCCCUCUGGAAGCAGCGCUACGUCAGCGCGGACGGCCACAUCAGCGAGGAGGACCUGGACUGUGUACUGCUGGAGGUGCAGCGGCUGCAGCCGCCGUUCCUGGGCGGCCGGCGCCUCGUCAGGCGCGACGCCCAGGUGGCAGGGUACCGGCUGAGCCGCGGCCAGGCUGUCGUCUACGGCACGGCGGCGGCACACCGAGACCCAGCCGUGUUCCCCGCGCCCGACACGUUUGACCCGGAACGUUGGAGGACCAGUAACAAGAAUGACAGAGACAAGCUGUUCUGCUUUGGCGGAGGACCGCGAAACUGCAUUGGGGAGAAGAUGUACCAGCACAUUCUGAAGGAGGCGUGCCGCGCGUUCGUGGCCGAGUUCGACUGGCAGCUGCCGGAUACGUGGCGGCCGACCUGGAAGCACAUGCCGGUGUGCCGUCCCACCAACCUGCCGGAGCUGCGCCUGGCACCACGUCAGCCGAUCACCACGCCGACAGCCUGGUGGUGUCGGGCGAUGUUGAGCGUCGGUCACAGAAACAACGAAACGUCGGAGGACGCCCGCAGCAAACGCGGCAUGCCGGAGUACACCCGCUGCAAGCGCGGUACGUCGGAGGACGCCCGCAGCAAACUCGUUACGUCGGAGGACGCCCGCAGCGAGCUCGGUACGUCGGAUGACGCCCGCAGAAAGCACGGUACGUCGGAGGACGCCCGCAGCAAGCUCGGUACGUCGUACAACACUUCGCACCAGUAG